AUGAAUUAUUGCUCAACCUACAGUUGUUCGGCUACUUCGUCGUCUAAUGGUAUGAUAAAAGUUCAGGGUACUUUUGAUGGUGGUUCGAUUCCGCCCGAAAUUUACGCUGAGCAACGCGAUCCAACGAAUUCAAAAUUUUUUCCCUCGAUGAAAUCACUAUCGCGUCAUUUGCAAUCAAAACGAAGAGCAGCAGUUUCGUCGUUGAGAAAAACUAUCUUGUUUUUCUUCCUGCUUAUCAUUCAACUGAAGAAAAAGAGAGAAAGACAGAAAUUUUCCACGUUAUAUAAUGUACAGUACAAACUUUCUUUUUUCAAAAUGUCAAUCACACGUGAUUAUUCGCGCGAUAGCCGUUCAUAUUAUUCUCGUUCAUCAUCUUAUGGCAAUCUCAAUCGACUAUCAACUAGUUACAGUAGUUCAAAUCUUCAACGAACAGCCAGUACAACACGAAUCGAACGAAGUUAUGUUCUCCCACCACCACCACCUCCACCACUCAUCUGGGAGCCUUUGGACGAUCCAUUCUUCUUCCAACGCCGAGCAUCACGACUUUUCGAUGAUUUCGAUCGUCGUGUAACUUGGUACGUUCACGAUGAUAUCACUGAUCGAGAAGUGAUUAAACAGGACACUUACAGUUACGAACGAACUGUGCCUGUAACUGUUCCCGUAACUUACCGAGAAUAUCAAAGUAGUUUAUCAACAACAAGAAAUAUUCCCGUUCAAUACACACCAUUGACAACUGUUGAACGCCGAGAGAAAAUUUAUAGAAAAAUUGAUGAUUUGAACAACUGGACACCAGCGCCGAGUACAUUGGUUCGAACAGAUGAAAGUUAUGAAGCACGUGAAGGUCGCCGUACUGCAGUUGAUAAUUGGUCAAAACAGGAUUAUCAAUAUUCAGAUUCAAGUCAUCGUCAACGAAAAAUGUCCAUACCAUAUUAA